ACGGUUCGUUCGCAAUUCGCCCAUCAUUGGUGUGGUUUUUGUUUUUCCCAUAGAGGCGAUAUGGCAACACCCGCCGCUGUUAAUCCGUCUGAGAUGGGCACAGAUCUUCCUGGGCCGGUGACCAUGGCAGGUGCUGUUGCAGGGCAGGUGAGAAUGGGGGGCAACAUGCCAGGACGAGGGGGCAAGAGGAGAUCGACCGGGAUGGACUUCGAUGAUGAAGACGGAGAAGGGCCGAGCAAGUUUUCAAGGUAUGAUGAUGAUCAAAUGCCUGCUGAUAAGGAACGUUAUGCCAGAGAGAACCACAGUGAGAUCGAGCGACGCCGACGCAAUAAGAUGACGCAGUACAUCACCGAGCUGUCGGACAUGGUGCCCACUUGCAGUGCGCUGGCGCGGAAACCUGACAAGCUCACCAUCCUGCGUAUGGCCGUGUCACACAUGAAGUCCAUGAGAGGAACUGGCAACACGUCCACUGAUGGAGCAUACAAACCCUCCUUCCUCACCGAGCAGGAGCUGAAGCACUUGAUCCUGGAGGCAGCUGAUGGCUUCCUGUUUGUAGUGGCAGCAGAGACAGGCCGUGUGAUCUACGUGUCGGACUCUGUGACCCCCGUGCUGAACCAUCCACAGUCCGAGUGGUUCGGCAGCACCCUGUACGAACAGGUCCACCCUGACGACGUAGACAAACUCCGCGAGCAGCUCAGCACCUCUGAGAACUCCAUGACCGGCCGGAUCCUAGACCUGAAGACUGGGACAGUGAAGAAGGAGGGACAGCAGUCCUCAAUGAGGAUGUGUAUGGGCUCCAGACGCUCCUUUAUCUGCAGAAUGAGGUGCGGCAGCGCUCCACUGGAUCACAUCUCUCUCAACCGCCUGUCGAGCAUGAGGAAGAGAUACAGGAACGGACUCGGGCCGUCAAAGGAAGGCGAGGCUCAGUAUUCAGUGGUGCAUUGCACUGGCUACAUCAAGGCUUGGCCCCCUGCAGGAAUGACAAUCCCGGAAGAGGAUUCAGAAUCAGGCCAGACAAGUAAAUACUGCCUGGUGGCAAUUGGAAGACUUCAGGUGACGAGUUCUCCAGUCUCCAUGGACAUGAAUGGGCUCUCUGUACCGACAGAGUUUCUGUCUCGUCACAACUCGGACGGCAUUAUUACCUUCGUGGAUCCCCGCUGCAUUAACGUGAUUGGCUACCAGCCGCAGGACUUGCUUGGUAAAGAUAUUCUAGAAUUUUGUCAUCCUGAGGAUCAGAGCCACCUAAGGGAGAGCUUCCAACAGGUUGUGAAGCUGAAAGGUCAGGUCUUAUCGGUUAUGUAUCGUUUCCGGAUGAAGAAUCGUGAGUGGAUGCUGAUCAGAACCAGCAGCUUCACCUUCCAGAAUCCAUACUCGGACGAGAUUGAGUACAUCAUCUGCACUAACACAAACGUCAAGCAACUCCAGCAACAGCAGCAGGCGGAACUGGAAGUUCACCAGAGAGACGGCCUGACAGCGUAUGAUCUCUCACAGGUGCCGGUGGGCAACGUGGCGGGCAGCGUUCAUGAAACAGGAAAGAGCAUUGACAAAACAGAGACGCUCUUCUCUCAGGAGAGAGAUCCACGUUUCAGUGACAUGUACACAGGCAUCUCUGGCUCGGAUAAGAAGAUGAUGGUGCCCUCGUCCACUGCAGGAGGACAACAGCUAUAUUCCCAAGGUAGUCCUUUCCAGCCAGGACACUCUGCCAAGAACUUCAGCUCUUCGGUAAUCCACGUUCCCGGAGUAAAUGACAUCCAAUCAUCCGCCGGUUCAGCCGGGCAGAAUUUGGCUCAAAUUUCCCGUCAGAUUAACUCCAGUCAGGUGCAGUGGUCAGGCAGCAGGCCACCGUUCUCCGGUCAGCAGCAGCUCCCGGCUCAGUCCAGUAAAGCUCAAUCUUCCCCAUUCGCCAUCGGCUCAAGCCACAGCUACCAGGCCGACCCGUCUUCUUACAGCCCGCUGUCCAGUCCAGCCACUUCCUCUCCCAGCGGCAACGCCUACUCCAGCCUGACCAAUCGCAGCACUGCAUUUGAUGUUGCAGGCGAGGGCAGCCAGAGCGGCGCUCAGUUCCCUGGUCGGCCGUCUGAGGUGUGGUCUCAGUGGCAGAGUCAGCAUCACAGCCAGCAGAGCGGAGAGCAACACACACACACUCAGCCCAGCCAGUCUGAGGUGUUCCAGGACAUGUUGCCUAUGACUGGAGACCCAACGCAAGGAACCGCCAACUACAACAUUGAAGAUUUUGCUGAUUUGGGCAUGUUCCCUCCGUUUUCUGAGUAACAGCAGACUAAAUUGCUCUCUGGGUCAUUUUUAUUUUCUUGAGUUUUUAUGAUUAUCAUUUCAAACGUUGUCAUCAUUAAGAUCGGUAAAACAAAUACACUGCCAUGUUAUGCAUCUCUUGAAACAAAAUGAACAUCUUCCUGUAAAUGUACACAAAGAAAAUGUCCUGUUUCUUUUUCGGGCAAUCUGUAAGCAGUCUAUCUUGUGACUGAUUUAUCUAGUACACGCUAGACAUGUGCCGAUAUAUUCUUUGCACAAACCGUGCAAUGGUCAUAUGAAUCGCAAAUCCAUAAAUAUACACAAAAAGCUACGUAGCCUUAUCAUUUGUGGCUCAGGAUCAAGUGAUAGCUGGGGUAGCUUUAGGGGCAAAGCUGAAGGCUGCAGAUUCCAUGCAUUCUCUGAACCAUAACCAGUGUUGUGUAAAAACAAAUGAAUUACCUUCACACACAGUUAUUUUAACACUAAAUCUACAUAGAAUAAAUAAUUAUGGUUUUUAAUGUUAUUUUCUAUAAUACUUUUACUGGAGGUAUUAACAUUUAUAUUAGAUGUAUUUGUUAAGUACUGAAACACUGAAAGACAUCAGUUUGAUCAGUAAGGAAUUAAAACUGCUAACUGACCCUGGUAUCAAUGUGUGGAAUCACUAGACUUCAUUCAGACGCAAGCACAUCAGUCCAGUGUGUAGGGAUGCAUCGCUAUUAAAAAAAAAAAAAAAAAAUUCAGAUCGCGAGUACAGUGUUUUUUGGUACAAUUUUUACUGAAAUGACAACAAAGCUUAAGGAUUCAUUUAGCACUUUCUUGGUUUAUAUAGCAUCCAUAAAAAGCACGUGUACCUUCAUGCGCUUACGCUACUGGACUCAUUCUUUAUAAAAUUUGCAAAGUUAAUUGUAAAUGAAUGGAAUUACCUAGCUACCGUAUUUAAUCUGGAUCAAAAAGGGGAUGCAGUGGAGAACAACAGGUUUUGUUUCACUUUAAAAAAAAUCACGAUUGUAUAGCGCUAUGUAAAGAUCUUUAUAGUUCUAAUGUGAAAUGAUUUGCAUGAUUUUUGAGCUUUGUGUUUCAUUCAACACAAAGUGGAAAAACAUGGAUGUUUUCCUGUUUGUCUUUUGUUUACAACCAGCUACCCAGCUAACUGUGUUCUACCCCUAACUCGCUCCUCCUCAAACAGUAACUGUAUAGUCAGUGUUAUUAAUUUAACAAGUUAAUGUCUGUAUGUUGAUUGAUAUGAGGCAAACGCUUGUAUAUACAGCACAAAUCCUUUAAAGAUAUACUUUAUGCAGCCAUGAUGAUUUGCCAUCACUCCAUAAACUGGAAGAAACUCAAGAUCGACAAGCAGGACUUUUUGAGAAAGCUGUUUUCUUUUGUUUUUCCUGGUAGGAAUUACAAGUUGUGCCCUUGAGUCGAACGCACCAUUAUUUUCACUCACCUAGCUUUGUCUAUAGAAUUUCUCUCUCACGCAUUGCUGCAGCAAUGAAUUCCUCAUGCUGAGAUUUACUUUGAAGAUGUUUUAUCAUUGCUGGAAUAUGCCUGCAGUAGAACAUUGAGAUUUUUUGCAGUGUAAAGUUUGCAGGCUGCUUUGCUGUGAUUGGCAUUAUUACUUGGAAUUCUGUCCAGAUUUCAGUCAUUUUGUAUCGUCUUUUCUUACAAUAAGCUUUCGUCAAAUGCUGUCACAUUGUGUCUGACUUCAGACAUUUUUUAAGAGCAUUAGUAAAUAUCAGACUGAUACCAGGAUCAUUGUUGAUGCAGCCCUAUUCCAGUGGUUUAAACCUUUAAAUUUGUUCAAUGAAGGGAAGUGGUGGCUCAAGCUGCCAAGCUACACUAUUGGAGGCCCUUAACCCUCCUUGCACUAGGGGUACCGUAUCCGCUCUUCGACUCUGGCUUCCUAACUAGCUGGGAUAUGAAAAAUCUGGGGAAGUGGUAGCCCAAGUGAUUAAGGCUCUGGAUUGUUGAUUGGGGUUCAAGCCCUAGUACCUCCAAGCUGCCAUCUUAGGUCCCUGAUCAAAGUUCUUAACCCUCUACACUCCUGGGACCCUGUAUGCACCCUGCGCUCUGACCCCAACUUCCCCAACAAGUUAGGAUAUGCGAAGAAAGAUUUUUACUGUGCUGUAAUGUAUAUGUGACAAAAAUAAAGGCUUCUUCUUCUAAAGUAAAGAGCUUACAAAAUCCAAAACUUAAAAAAAACAAACCUUAGAGAAGACCGCUGUACUUUUGCUGCUUUCUAGAUUGGACAGUUAGUGCACCUUCUGCCAAAAACAAGCUCCUCCCAAACGAGCAACUAGACACUGCAUAACAAAAUAAUAUUACAAUAAAGAUUGCAAUUUAUCCCUUGUUCAAAUAUCGGCACAUGCCUAGCAUACAUAUUUAAACACUCCUCAAGACAGAUGGCUUAAUGAGAGUCUCUGCUGUAAUAUCAUGUAUGAUAAAGUAUUUUUAGUGUCUCCUGUGAUUUCUAUACUGCACCAGCAUUCUGCUUAGUGUGGCAUAUAUAGUCUAUAUGUAGUGAUGUCCACAAUAUAGAUGAUCUAAUAAUAGUCGUAGAUGGUUAUGUAAACAAAACGUGUUCCAUUUCUAGCAUCAUAUGUGAUGCUUUUUUUUUUUUUUUUUUUUGUUAAACAUUCAAGUGCUCUUCAUCAGCAGCCUCAGUGCAGGAUCUCAGCAUUGCGUGUAAAGCAUGUAUGAUAGUCUCUGUGGCUGCAGCGAUUCUUCAUGACCUUUCCUUUUUAAACUAACAGAUAUUUUAUGGUUUCAAUCUUUUACACAAAGAGUGUAAUACAACUGAAUGAAGGACUGAACUGAACGGAAAAAAAAAACCUUUUUGCUAAAUGAAUUAUGGGCGUUUUUAUGUAAAUACUGUGAUUUUUAAGUCUGUUCACAUACACAGCUCUAUGUGUGCUUGUGUAGGUUUAAUAUCAUUAUGUGCAAUGUCCGUGCGUAUUUAACUCGGUAUUUAGUUAGCCUGGUUAUUGUACAAUGAGUUUAGACUUGUAUACACUGUGUAAAUGUGUCCUGUUCAUUUUUGUGACAAAUUGUGCUUGUGACAAUAAAUGCUCAUUGAAUAUGUGGAUUUCAAA